AUGCUGGCCCCUACCGAAACCCUCUUGGCCGCAGUCAAGAGCCACAUAGGCAAUGUUACGUUCCAGGAGAGCUAUAACCUCACGCGCCGCAUAGUCAACAUCUCUGUGUGCUCAGAGAAUGAGCAUGGAGACCCCCAUCUGCUGAACUAUCUGACCGCUCCCAAUGUGGUGGUGUGGAGUGCUGUGGCUGCCUCCUCUGCCGCGCCCUUCCUGUUUGC